AGUUUUGUGCGGCGCAUUUCCUCCUCGCUUGUUUCCUGUUUCCUUCCAAAGAUUUGAAAAAAAGACAACGACCAACAAAAUCUACAGACAACUAAACAUAUGGUUCCUCCGUCCACGCUGAUUGGGAAGGCUUGCACCUCCGCAAGUAUCAAAGAUCGAUCGAUCGCUCGUAAUCCCGCGGCUAAACAUUUACUAAUAACAGAUCGUUGAACCAGCACGUUGUAUUAAUUCCAAGCUUGGAGAGCUAUUCAAAUCACUUAAACGGUAGACGUGGUUCGGAGACUGUCGUAUUUAUUUGUUUAACCACUUAAGAACUGCGAAGCGCUCGGCCGUUUGGUCUUGGUAUAUUAAGUUUUGGAGAAGUAAAUUAGCGCUAAAAGGUGUCUCUUAAAACAAGAUCUGAUGGAUUAUUCGCAUAACAGGAAUCUCCCCGCUAAAAGUCAGUCUGGAUAAUAGCUGUGUUUGGAGGUAAGAUUUAUAGAUAAAAAACAAAGUGGAAAUGGAGGAACAAAAGACUAUGCCGAAAGUGAAACAAGAGUUGUUACCCCUGCCGGACCUUUCACGGAGGCGCUCACAUUCGGAUGCUGCACAGUAUAGACAGGCAAGACGAAACUCCACCAAAAGCACCAUUCCUGACAUAAAAAUCACAAACGAUGACUCGUCAGAUAUUAGUCUAGAUGAAAUAGAGGACGAAUUUGACUUUGAGUUAACAUUUCCAAUGAGACCUAGGGCCAACACGUGCCCCAACGAUCUAUUCCAACGACCCAAAUCCAGUAGACCCCCUACCCCACCUCCGAUUGAGGGCAAGAAAUUGACUUGGAAAGAACUUACCCAAAGCCCGAGACACGAAAAAGUUACCUUUGCUAAACACAAAUUAACGAAAGUAUCAGAGGUUACUGAGGACAAAGCUAAACCGGAAGUCGUUCUAACCAUAACUGAAAUGAGUUCUUGUGCGUCAGAAGAUGCGAAAGUCAACAGUUCUAUUUCCCCAACCAUUUCAAGGACAAUUGGAUUAUCUGAAAUUGGAUAAGGAAAGUUGUAUUUGACAAAUGUUCAUUAAAAUUUUGGAAAUUAUGUGACGCCACCGGUUUAAUUGUUGCCUUAAUUGGACUUUUAAUUGGAUUAUAUACUCGAUUCCAUUAACAGGGAUAUACAGAUGUACGUUCUCAAACCAGUGAAAUUAAGCUGUAAUAAAGUUAUAAAACCGUAUGAAUAUACCUAAAUCUAUUUCUAAUUCGUUGAGCUUCAACCAAAUAACAUUUAAAAGAUGUUAAGAAGGGGACAAAACUGUGUUUUUACACAUACUAGUGUAAAGUCUGAGAUUUUAUGCCAUCAUAAAGGAAAACAUGUGAAUUAUAUGAUAUAAUUAGAA